AUGAAAUUGGUUGGAAAACACAUAAAUAAAGACCACUCCGGUUACGUCAAUGUUCGACCUGAGGAUGACGAGGAUAUGUGGCAUCUGUACAACCUGAUACAGGAGGGUGACUACGUCCGUGCACCUGCGAUACGGCGCGUGCAGAACGUUUCCUCAACCGGCUCCAGCGAAUCGCACCGCGUCCGGACAAAUCUGACCCUGACCGUGAGCCGGGUCGUGUUCUCCCCCGCCGCCGCACCAGCAAGUUCGGAAUCCACGACAAGCGGGCCGGCCGAGCCUUCCGCGUCGCUGCAAAUCACAGGCCGAGUCGCGCAGGAGAACGCGUACGUCAAGCUGGGCGCCUUUCACACGCUGGACGUCGAGGCGAAUCGUGAUGUGCGCAUCGAAAAGUCAGAGUGGGACAGCGUCGCUCUUGACAGAGUGCAGGAAGCAUCGAUCCCGGGUAGGGGCGCGGAAGUGGCCGCAGUCGUGUGCGGGGAGGGGACGGCCGCGUUUUGUCUUCUCUCACAACAUAUGACUGUUGUGCGUCAGCGCAUAGACGUGCCUGUACCGCGGAAGCGAGCGGGAUCUGCUACGGCCCACGAGAAAGGGCUGGCCAAGUUCUACGAUCUGCUAUACCAGACCUUCCUACGACAUAUUCCUUACUCCAAUGCCGGUCUCCGCGCCAUUGUUAUUGCCAGUCCUGGAUGGGUCCGCGAUGCCGUUUUUGACUUUAUCAUGUCCGAGGCGACGCGAACCGGUAACAAAGCUUUGCUUGCUUCCCGACCAAAAUUCGUCAGAGUGCAUGUCAACAGCCCGCACGUCCACAGUCUAGUCGAAGUUCUGAAGAGCCCAGAGAUCGUAUCUCAGCUCAAAGAAACUAAGUUCGCUCGCGAAGGUAUCAUGCUCGACAAAUUCUUCAAAAUGCUCGGAUCGGAUGAGCAACGAGCAUGGUACGGCCCCGACCAUGUCGCGUUGGCUGUGGACCGUGGCGCUGUGGGCACUCUGCUCAUAUCGGACGAGCUUUUCCGUGCUAGCGAGCCAGAAAUCCGCAAAAAAUAUGUAGCGUUGGUCGAAGAAGUCCGCGGCAAAGGCGCAGAAGUUCUCAUGUUCUCCAGCAUGCACGAGAGUGGACAGCAACUCAACCAGAUAACGGGAAUUGCGGCUAUUCUCACUUUCCCUCUUGACAUUGAAGUGGUUGAGAUGGAAGAGAGAGAAGCAAAAGAAGCAGAAGAAGCCGAAACCCCGGAGGAAGCGAGAGUGGGCACAGAAUGA